GGGUGAGGCCGAGAUGACAAUGAUGCUCGGUCAAUUGGGGAGCAGAGGGGCGAGUGCUCGCUAGCUGCCGGAGCCAAGCAGCUUUACUCCGGGCUUUAAUGUGAAAAUGGUUCGCAGCCACUGACCAGCUCCUGACUGGACUCCAUUGCUUGAAGCGGCUCUCAUUCUCCAUAAGACAAGGGAAAGCUGAAGGACAAGAGACAGUGGCCCCGCUUUAUCCUCUCUGAAAUCUAACAGUCUGUGCAGUCUGGUCCCAUGAUGCCGUCCAAUACCAACACAGCCCCUGCCCUCGAAGAAGGAGUUGAGACCCAGAUGAAUGAUGAGCAGCCAGAGAAAAAUAGAAACAAGGAGAAAAGACGAGGCAGGCCAGGGAGAAAACGCAAGCAAACAAUGGUCUUCUCCUUUCUCUGGCACCGGGCCAGCUGCGUUCAAGAUAACCGUGUCUACAUGCGGCCGAGCCAGCAGUCCUUAAAGGGACCGCUGGAGGCCGCCACCAUAAAGGUGGACAUCAAUGAAGCUUCCAGUGAAAUGGUGACAGCCCCAAAGUGCCAAUCUUCCCAGCAGUCAUCAUCACAGGUACACAACGGAGAGGUGGAAAGCAACCAGCAAGCUAUUGGCAACUCCCAGCAGUUUGGAGAAAGGAGUGUUCCUGAAAAUGGUGACCGUGGAAAAACUGUCCCUCAGGCUCAGAACUUGAAAGAUCAAGAGUCCAAUGAAGAAAGCACAAGUCUUGAUGGAGAAAUUAAAAUAGAUUUAGAGAUGGAGAAUGGAUGUUAUACCCUGAAAGAUGGACAGGAUUCUGAAAAAGGAGAAAAUGACAAGGUAUCAUCCAAUCUCAGAAAGAAACACAAAAAGCGGCAAUUGGAAGCUGCUGAAAAAGGAUCUGACGAAGACACCACAUCCACACAGGAAUCAGUAAAAAUCGAGGGAACAAGGGGGCGACGCCGUGGCCAGUCAGGGUGGGAGAAUAGUCUGCGUCAGAGACCAAUGCCACGAAUAACGUUCCAGGCUGGUGAUCCCUAUUAUAUCAGCAAAAGGAAGAGAGAUGAGUGGCUGGCAAAAUGGAAGAAGGAGAACACCCAUUCAACGAAAAGCUUUCCAAGGGAUUCAAACAGCAAACUGUUUUGUCGGCUAACAUCAGAGUCUCUCACCUCCAUGUAUACUUCUCCCACUAUGAGGGUGAGUAAAAAGGCUACAGACCCCACUGAUGCUUCUCACUUGAAUACCACUACAUUGCUUAGCCAAGAGGAAGCACUCCUACCAUGGGGUGAUAUGGAAAGAAUAUCAUAUUUUCCCCGAAGUGGGAAUCUUUACCCCCUCCUGCAAACUGAGGCUGAGAAAAGGGCAAAACUCGUGGCUGUGAUGAAUGCCCAGGAAGAGAGCCCGGCUCAGAAAGAGAAGGAAACAAGCACAAUCACUUCACUGCAGUCCUCUGAUCCAACACCUUCCAGCAUUUCAACAAGUCCAGAACCAACAGUUAUUACAAAUGAAGCUGCUGAGAAGAAUGAGGAAGCAGAGUAUGAAGAUGGACGUGGAUUUGGCAUUGGUGAGCUGGUGUGGGGGAAACUAAGGGGAUUCUCCUGGUGGCCUGGUCGCAUUGUGUCCUGGUGGAUGACUAGCCGAAGUCGGGCAGCCGAAGGAACACGUUGGGUGAUGUGGUUUGGAGAUGGAAAAUUUUCUGUUGUCUGUGUAGAAAAGCUGAUGCCUUUGAGUUCUUUUUCUACUGCCUUUCACCAGCCAACAUAUAGCAAACAGCCUAUGUAUAGGAAAGCAAUUUUUGAAGUCUUACAGGUGGCAAGCAACAGAGCAGGAAAACUCUUUCCAACACAUUCUGGGAAUGAUGAGUUAGAUACUGCCAAAAAUGUGGAAGCCCAAACCAAACAGAUGAUCGAAUGGGCUUUGGAAGGAUUUCUCCCUUUGGGGCCAAAGAGUUUGGAACCACCAGAAGAAGAACGAAAUCCUUACAAAGAGGUUUAUACAGAAAGUUGGGUGGAGCCUGAAGCUGCUGUUUAUCCUCCCCCUCCCCCGGCCAAAAAAGCAAGAAGAAGCACAGAGAAGCUAAAAGUCAAAGAAAUCAUAGAUGAACAAACUAGAGAGAGGCUAGUCUAUGAUGUGAGACAAAAUAGCAGAAAUAUUGAAGAUAUCUGCCUUGCCUGUGGAAGUCAACAUAUUUCUCUUGAGCACCCUCUCUUUAUUGGAGGCAUGUGCCAGAAUUGUAAGGGCUUACGGCAAGUUAAAACUGGGAAUUGCUUCUUGGAGUGUGCAUACCAAUACGAUGAUGACGGUUACCAGUCCUACUGUACCAUCUGCUGUGGGGGCAGGGAGGUACUCAUGUGCGGAAACAAUAAUUGUUGCAGGUGUUUCUGUGUGGAAUGUGUGGACCUAUUGGUUGGACCUGGUGCUGCUCAGGCAGCCAUUAAAGAAGACCCCUGGAACUGUUAUAUGUGCAAUCAUAAAGGAAUCUUUGGACUGCUAAGGCGGAGAGAGGAUUGGCCAGUCCGGCUCCAACAGUUUUUUGCUAAUAACCAUGACCAGGAAUUUGACCCACCAAAGUUGUUUGCACCCAUUGCUGCUGAGAAGAGAAAACCUGUUCGAGUCCUGUCACUUUUUGAUGGCAUAGCCACAGGACUCCUGGUGCUAAGGGAUCUGGGGAUCCAAGUGGAACGUUACAUUGCUUCGGAAGUCUGUGAUGAUUCUAUCACAGUGGGUAUGGUCCGGCACCAGGGGAAGAUCAUGUAUGUGGGAGAUGUUCGAAAUGUUACUCGCAAACAUCUACUAGAGUGGGGACCAUUUGACCUGGUGAUUGGUGGAAGCCCCUGCAAUGAUUUGUCCAUAGUGAAUCCUGCCAGGAAAGGACUUUAUGAGGGCACAGGCCGCCUGUUUUUUGAGUUCUACCGUCUUCUCCAUGAAACAAGGCCGAAAGAAGGAGACAACAGACCAUUCUUCUGGUUGUUUGAAAACGUGGUGGCAAUGGGAGUUAGUGAUAAGAGAGAUAUCUCCCGCUUUCUGGAGUGUAAUCCUGUGAUGAUUGAUGCCAAGGAAGUCUCUGCUGCCCAUCGAGCCCGGUACUUCUGGGGUAACCUUCCUGGUAUGAACAGAGCUCCAACCGGUGAUACUUGGACGAGGAUGCCCUGCACAAUACUGGAAGACAUACCAAAAGGAAGAGAUAGAUUGGCAAAUGCAAGAAAAUAUCCAUCAUUAUUGCUUAGACCAUUGGUUGCCAUGUAUAAUGAUAAGCUUGACCUUCAAACAUGUCUGGAGCACGGCAGGACAGCAAAGUUCAACAAAGUGCGAACCAUCACCACUAGAUCUAAUUCUGUCAAGCAGGGCAAAGACCAGCAUUUCCCAGUCCUAAUGAAUGAGAAGGAAGACAUUCUCUGGUGCACUGAAAUGGAAAGGGUGUUUGGUUUCCCGGUCCAUUACACAGAUGUCUCCAAUAUGAGCCGCCUUGCCCGACAAAGACUUCUCGGGAGAUCCUGGAGUGUUCCUGUCAUACGUCACCUGUUUGCACCACUGAAAGAAUAUUUUGCCUGUGUUUGAAAACAAAGAAGAAAAGGAACUUAUUAAAAGAAAGGAAAGAAAUUAAUUUACUCCAAGGAAAAAGAAGUCACAUUCUGUUAGAUGUUACUUAAUUUCACUAUUUUAAAUGUCAUUCUUUUUAUCCUAUUUAAUUUUUUAAAUGUUUUUAAUUUCAGCUAUUUUAAUGGGUAAUUUUGUAAUUAUUGUUUAUGUUGUGUUCAAGCUGUACUUGAGAUGAGGCUGUUCAAUCCUUUGCAGCACUGGGAAAAUGACAAUUUUGCCUUGUGUAGGUGGAUAGGAGCAGCAAGAAGAAGCUGGAUUUGAACAGAGCCUGGAACAUCAAGUCAGCCAGCUGAGCCUUGCCUUACCAGCACCAUUUCUGGUAUCUAUCUCGAGCAAAAAAAUCAACGCUACAUACAAAUAUUAUACAAUACUUCAGGUGCCUCCAACCAGAAACCAUGAAGAAACAGUAUAUCAGCUGCCAGUACCUCUCAUUUACAAUACACUGAUAGUUGUUCGAAAAAGGUACUACUGUGCAACAAUUUCUGCAAUGGUGCUUUUACAAAAGGUGAUUGAAAACAUCAGCUCUGAUGUUGCCUUACCGUUUACAAGAGGCAGAAUUGUAAAAUAAUCAGGAAAGAGCAACAUUUAAUGUUGUUAAGGUGGUCUUUAGUGGCUUGAGUGUGAAAAUGUAGUAACGUUUUCAUUUUCUCAAGAAGUCACUUUUAAGGACUUUUGCCAUGACUGUAAUUUUUCUAUCAUGUUUGUACAAUAAGAAAAAAUAUAUAACAGAAAAUGGUGCUUUUUUCUUAAGCUUUCAUCCUUGGGCUAAGGCCUGGUGCUUAACUUAACAGGUCACUUAUAGGCAGCACAAAUAGCCAGCCAACAUGCAGUGAUGUGUUUGGUCAUCCAAAACUAAAUGACAGGCUGCAGUUUUUUACUGAAGGACUGAUGAAUUUUUUACAUCUGUGUUUUCCUUUAAUUUUGGUUGAUUUUUUUAAAAUUACCUAAGGGGUCUCUUUUAUACCAGGAAAUACCCCUCCUUGUAGCUGCAUAUAAUCAGGUACAAGUCAAUACAGUGCAGCUUGAUGGUGUAAUUUUGCCUCUCUUUUUUUCCUUUGUUCCCAUUUCCUUCCUUAUCCUUUAGCCUUUUUUUUUGUUAAUCUACAUUUUUUUGUUGUUUAUAAGUUGUUUAUGCGAAUCGUAUUUCUGCUGUCAGUACUUGAUCAAACGCAACCAUCAGUUUUCCUUGAAGCAGUUGUCGAUUCAUAUGGUGCUACACUUUUUUUUCUGAAAUAUUGAAAGAAAUCUGCUAUCUUGACAAUGAUUUAUUAAGUUCUCAUAGUCAAGGAAAAGCACUAUUAUUUUACUCUUUUAAGAAAAGAAAAAGGCAUUUUAACUUUGUACUUGAAAAGAAAAAAAAAUCAGUUUCAUGUGUUUUAGCCUAGACAGUGCCGUAGUUGGUGCUUAUUUGUGGGAAUCAUGUAUUCAUAUUGAAGACAAUGUAGUAAAUUUGCUAAUACUUUUACUGUUACAUAUGUAUUUGCUUGAUCCCCAGCAGCAGUGCAUUUUCUUUCCACAUUCCACACAGCAAACAGUAUUUCUUUGGUUUUAUUUCUUCAUUUUACUGUCAUUAUAACUUUGAUAAUAUUUAUUGAUGAUAAUGUGCAUUUCAAGAGAUUUCACUGAAGAUUGUAUUUCAGUGAAUAUUGUAUUACAGUGUAUUGCUCGUGACAUAGCUGUUUAUGGAAAGGUCAGUAUGUGGAGCAGCUGUAGCAGUCAACCUCCACCCCAUUUUCAAAGCCCAAAAUGCUCCUUUCUGAUGUACUUGUGCUGGAGAACACUUGAAUAAAUGUAUUGGUUUUUUUGUGCAAAGUGUACACGGUUGUGUAUCGGCUUGUUGUGUAUUCUUUUGUUCUUCUCGUAUAUUGUUUCUAUCUACUGUAGAUCCAGUUGGCUGACAUCUAGGGGAAAUAAAAUCACGCCUUUGUGUGACCUGGUUCCCUUAAAUUAAUCAGUUAGUUGAGUAGGACGUUUGCUGCUGAGGAGCAAAAAGAAAAUUCCAGAAGUUUUAUUCAGAAACAGCUUAUUAUAUUGGCACACUAGGAAAAAUGUUUCUAGUACUGUAUGUGAACAUUUUCAGACUCCAAAUAUUUCCAUUUUUCAUGUGAUGAAGGAACUCUGCUGUCCUGAAAGCUAAUGUAUUUCAGAUAUGUGCAUCUGAUCCAUAAAUGGAAUCAAAUGCAACAUUUUGGCAAAUUUACUCAGAAACCAACUCUCUGCCUAGUGUUUUAAACUGUGUGCUGCUGUGCUGUGGGGAAAUGAAGCUUGUAACACUGCAGUUUUUUCACCACAUGGGUGGCCACACUUAGCUGCCUCCUUGCUUACCUGCUGACUUCAUUGUGGACAUGUUUCCCAGUACAAAUGGUCCCAGGUGCGUCACAUUAUCCAGAGUACUGAGUUACAAAGUGCUGAUUUUAUUAGAUAAUACACUUGUUGCACAAUCAACAUAAAAUUAAAGAAUGAAAUGUUAAAGAUGACCUGUGGGGGCUGUUGUGGCGCAGUGGUCCAGGUUCAAGACCCACCUGCCCCUGAGAUGUGUCAUGACAUGUCCAAAAAGUUUCAUGAAAGAUAAUGAUUGAAGAUGACCUGUGCAAAUCUGUUCCUUUCGGAGCAGCGUUAGCCUAUAGUUGGGGAAGCACUUUUUAACUGGUAACAACUUGAAGGACUAAAAAGCUCUUUGUUUUCCCUCCUCUUCUACAGCAUCCAAUUUUGUCAGAAGGGAAUGUUUAUGCCAAUAAGACUAAGAGCUUCUUGUAAAAUCUGUAUCCAAAUAACAUCCCAAUUAGAACAAUUAGUUCAGAUUAGUAACUAAUUACGAAUACUUAUUAAGUUUAAAAAAAUGUAGGGCUGGGGUAACUCUUGAAACUCCAGUAGCCAGCAGAUAUAAGGCCCCACCCCCUUAAUGAUAUAUUUUUCUAUUUAUAUUCUCUCCCAAUUUUUACCAUUUUUCCCUAACAUGACUGCUCGCCUCAGUGCUGUUUUUCUUCAGCCAGGACAGUGGAGAGCUCCAAGCUGUGACCUCCUUCAUACAUUAUACCACUGUUUCUUUAUCUUCAACUAAUAGAAAAAGUGCAAUUAUCUGGAAUUAGCAGGUACUAGUCCUGUAGUAAAAUUUAAAAAUUCUUUAGGGCAUUUUAUGAGCUGCCAGUUAAAAAUGAACGAAAUGAUCCCAAUUUAAGGAAGCAGACUUAAGCAAUACAAAUGAUAUUAACUUUAACUUGCAGUUUCUGCAUUUUAGUGUGCUGCAAACAUCAUAGUGUUUUGUUAACCAGCAGCAUAUAUCUAACUCAUAACAGAUAAAGCAGCCUAUUUGCUGCAAUGCUUAAAUAUUUGUCAGAGAGCAAAUCUGAAGGAAAGCUUUCUUUGCUUGUGACUGGACUGCUCAUUAAGGAAUUUUUGAACCGCAUUAAACUCCAGUUGAAUAGAGAAAAAAAAGGAGAAAACCUGACCCAUUCAAGUUUCCCUUCUGCUGCGUGAUCCUAGCACAGCAACUCUCCACAGCUUGGAACUUUCCAUGCCUCUCCACUGAAGAAUAAAGCAUAAUGGUGCUAAAGGGUGGCAACUGUAAGGAUCUAACGGGGGGAAAGAGGUACAAAAUAUUUUUUUAAAUGCUUAAAAACGUACUCAGUACAUAAAAAUCUAGCUGUGAUAAAUUUGGAGUCCAUUCUGGAGCACAUUGUAUCACACCAGGGUUAAUGGCAACUCCAGUGCACAGAAAAACUAUCUUAAAGGGGCACUGAUGUCACAAAAAAGUAUUUUGAGAAAACUUUUUUUGUUUACGAACUCAUAAUGCAAUUAUGUUAAUUGUUCAAAAAAAUCACUGAAUCAGUCAUUCAUGAUAUCAUCAUGAUUCAAAAUGGUGCAUGCCUAUUUCUUUCUCGCCAAACAAAAAAGGUUUGCCAAACACUUUUUCAUGAAAACAGUAUCCCUUUAAAUAUUAAAAUGAGGUAUUCUCUCAUCUCUUUCCUUUAAUAUAUAUAUAUCCACACCCAUCAUUGAUAUUAUGGUUAUAUAAGGUGUAACCCUGCUAUGUGACUGUUACUGUAAGGAUGGUUAAUGUAACUGCUCAAAAUUUAUACUGGUACAUUUAUUUGUGACUGUAUGUCUGUUAAACCUCAAUAAAAUGUUAUACAAAAUUG